AUGAACGCAACUACACUUUCUCCGGAUUUACACCCGCUCUUGACCGAGUACGUGCUACGAUUGUUGAACAAAAAGCAGGUGACCACGGUGAACAGCUUCCUGAAUAUCGAAUCCUGUGAUCUCGCGAAAAUCGCCAACCUGCCGCCCGUUGCGAUCACCACCAUAAAAAACCACCUGGAACAGAGCUUCUGGGACUCGAUCUACAAAGGGGUCUCGUCCAACAGUCGUCGCCGGCCUGCAAUUGCAACGGGCAUCACCGCGUUGGAUGAACUCCUGAGAGGUGGCCUGCGACUGGGACAUAUCUACGAACUGUGCGGUGAAUCCUGUGCCGGCAAAACGCAGCUGUGUCUAACGCUGGCCGCGAAUGUGGCUUUCGCACACAGCAACCGACCGGUGUAUUUCUUCGACACAAGGAGUGCCUUUUCAGCUAUCCGAAUCCAGCAAAUUCUCGAGCGAAAGCACAAGGAUUUAAGCGAACAAAGAUUGGCCCAAACACUGGACAACAUUAAGGUAGAGCAUGUAUUCAAUCCCGAGCUGCUGGUACAAGCCGUUGAACAGCUGGUCAAAACCAAACGUGCGGAGGACGAUCCUGCUCCAGCUCUGCUUAUCAUAGAUUCGUUGCCUUCCCUCUGGUACUUGUAUCAUAAUGCGGAAAGUAUCGGUGUACCGUUCGGUUUACUGGAGAAGCUUAUCUGCGCUUUGCGCCAGUUCGGCACGCAGCAUUCGGUGGCGGUGCUGCUCGUCAAUAUCACGGUACAGGCCAGGGAUGGCGCAGCAAUGCAGAACGAACGGAGGAUAAACUCUUACGGGAGGUAUUCGGCAAUGGGACACUACUGGGAAAGUGCGACCGGUACGAGGUUGUGUCUGAUGGCGAAGGAGGAGGCCAACGAUAUCGGCGACCGUAUGGUGCAGGUUUGGAAAAGCUCACACCUUCGGACGGGCGCUGAGGCAGUCAUCCGGAUCACCGAUGAAGGAGUUGUAUGAACUGAUAUCGAGACAAGUGUUUGUAU